AUGGACGAAUUGUUCAGACGUGCAAACAAAUAUUCGAUGGUCGAAGAUGACGUACGGGCAGCCACCCAGCAAGUCUUGGUUGCCGGACAGGCAUCUAGAGGUGGCACAAAAAUAAAUGCUAAACUUCCGGACCGGCCAAGGCUGUCUGACAGAAGGCAGGAAGGGCCAAGUCUCCCGGAAAGGCCGCCUCUCACACCUCUUUCCAUAUCAUAUGAGAAACUUCUCCCGAUGAUCCAGGGUUUAUCCGACUUCAAGUGGCCUAGACCCAUUGGAACGGACCCAUCCACAAGAGAUCAUAACAAAAGAUGCGCCUUCCACAAAGAUCAUGGUCACACAACAGAGACAUGCAGGUGCCUCCAUUUUUUGGUCGAAAAGCUCAUUAAGGCGGGACAUUUAAAGCAAUACCUCCGCUCGGAUGCUGGGGGAAGAGACGUUCCCCAAAAUCCCAACUCUGGAGCCCCCAGAGCCCCAGCCACUACCAAGGCCGUUAUAAACUACAUUAACGGAGGCCCAUCUGACGAAGAGUACGACUCUAGGCGAAAAAGGCAGAGAUUGUUGCGAGCCGCGUCGGUACGCGAACGUAUCAACUCCAUCCAGCCUAGGUUAACUAGAGGGGGCCCUCGCCCCAUAGAUGGGACAAUCAUUUUCCCACUAGUUGACCCUACCCGGACAUUGCAGCCACAUCGCGACGCCCUCAUCUUGUCCCUAGAGAUAGGAAACUUCGAUGUGAGACACAUCUUGGUUGACCCAGGCAGCUCCGUCGAUCUUGUACAAGCAUCGGUCGUUAGCCACAUGGGACACAGUCUCGCAGGCCUUGAAAACCCCGGACGAAUCCUGUCCGGAUUCAACGGGUCAUCAACUACGUCUUUGGGAGACAUUAUAGCACGAGAAGCAGGGACCAGCCAGGAGGAUGCAUCCCUCCUUGGGCCCAGCAAUCCGCAUGACCGAUAG